GCUUCUCCAUCCCCAAGGAUUUCUCCCCCCAUCCCAGUCCCUUCCAUUUUCCCCCCCCCAGGGACGCCGAGGCCGCGGCCGCCCGGGAAGCCCUGGAUAUCCGGGAUUCCUCCGGAGACGCGGAAUACUGGGAAGCGCUGGCCCACGUCAUCCCGGAGCCCAGGCUGAAACUUUGGGAUGCUCUGGAUGCGGCGCUUCUGGAAUACCACCGCGUCCUGAGCCGGAGAUCCGAGCUCCUCUCCCAGGCCACGCUCCUGCAGCAGCAGAACUCGGAGCUGGGAAUGCUCCUGGAGGAAUAUCUGCAUUCCAAAGCCAAUGGAUGAGCCGGGAAUUCCGGCCCCUUCCCACUUGCAUCCUGAGGAAACGGAUCCAAACGUGUCCCGAGGAAUCGCUGGGAAUGGGUGGGAACGGGCGGGGAUUAGAUGGGAGUGGGGCUGGAGCUGGAGCUGGAUUUGGAUCUGGAUCUGGAUCUGGAUUUGGAUCGGGAUCUAAACCUGGAUCUGGAUUUGGAUUUGGACCCAGAUCUGGAUCUGGAUUGGGACCUGGAUCUGGAUCUGGAUUAGGACCUGGAUCUGGAUCUGGACUUGGAUCUGGGUUUGGAUCUGAAUCUGGAUCUGGGUCUGGAUCUGGACCUGGAUCUGGGUUUGUAUUAGGAUAUGGGUUUGGAUCUGGAUUUGGAUCGGGACUUGGAUCUGGACUUGGAUCUGGAUUUGGAUUUGGAUCUGGAUUUGGAUCUGGAUCUGGAUUUGGAUCUGGAUCUAAACCUGGAUCAGGAUUUUUAUUUGGAUCUGGAUCUGGACCUGGAUUUGGACCCAGAUCUGGAU